CACUUCCGCGGGGUGCCGCUCUGCGCCUCGGCUCGAUGGUUACGGUCCGCCCGGCGGGGGAGCGCGGAGCUGUCCCGGCCCGUCAUGUCUGAGAAAGAUAGCGUUGAAGAUCUGAAAGAAGAAACCUCUAAUGAAGAUGGAAAUGAACAGAAAGCAGAGGGCCUUGGCAGCACUGAGAGCAAUGAAGAGAAAGAGCAAGAGAUCGAGCCUCCGCCUAUGACUCGGAAAAGACCUGAACCCAAACCCACAAGUCAGCCUGCUGCCACAGAGAAGCCUGCAGCUGAAACCCUCAAGGCCUCUGAUUCUUCAGCUGCAGUUCAGACAGGAUGGGGUUACUGGGGAAGCUGGGGGAAAUCUCUUCUGUCAACUGCAUCUGCUACUGUAGCUACUGUAGGUCAAGGUAUUUCAAAUGUCAUAGAAAAAGCAGAAACAACCCUUGGGAUCCCCAGUCCAAGUGAAAUCUCUUCAGAAACUAGAGAUGCUACAAGAGGAAGCGAAAAUCCUGGUGCUAGCAGCACAGAUGCAGUUGGGGAUGGCAGUUCCUUUCCUAUUGCCGGAGCUCUUGAAGUGUUAUCAACCAUCUCUACUGCUGUCCAAAGCACAGGAAAAAGCGUUAUUAGCGGAGGUCUGGAUGCCUUGGAAUUCAUUGGGAAAAAGACAAUGGAUGUAAUAGCUGAGGGAGAUCCUGGAUUCAAAAAAACAAAGGGCCUAAUGAACAGAAACUCCACGCUAUCUCAGGUCUUACGAGAAGCAAAGGAGAAAGAAGAGCAGCAGACAGCUACUGAGGUUGCCAUGGCUACGGAGAAGAAAGCCCAUUAUGGGUUACUGUUUGAUGAGUUUCAGGGUCUUUCUCAUCUGGAGGCCUUAGAGAUGCUUUCCAGAGAGAGUGAAUCAAAGGUGAAAUCGGUUCUAAGUGCUCUCUCUGGAGAAGAGUUGGACACACUGAAGGAGGAAAUGGAACAAGUGAAAGAAGCAUUUUCUUUACCUGAAUUCUUUGAAGAAGAGGAGGAAGAAAAGAAGGGAGAUGAGGAGUUCACAAAAGAAGUAACAGAGUUGUUUUCAGAGUUGCACAUCUCCUCAAGCCCGGCCAAACUGAUCACAGUGAGGACAUCUGCUCAUGAAUGGAUAGCACAAUUCAACAGUAGUCUUCCUAAAGAAGAAAAAGAGAGUGAAGAGAAUCGAGAAGUAGAAUCCAGAGAUGGUGACCACGAUGCUAGAAAAUCAGUAGAGGAUAUUCAUGCAUUUGCCAUAAGAAGUCUGGCCGAACUGACAGCAUGCUCCAUUGAAAUGUUCCACAAAACUGCAGCUUUGUUUCUACAUGGUCAGAAACAAGAGGUGACGGCCACAGACAGAGCCAAGUCCCUUUCACAAAUGACAAUUAUGCUGUGUAAAGAACUGUCAACUUUCUCUAAAGAGUUUACUACAUGCUUAACGACUGCAGGGGUCAAAGAGAAAGCAGAUGUGCUUAAUCCCUUAAUCACUGGAGUGUUUUUGGAGGCUUCAAACAGUGCUUCAUAUAUCCAAGAUGCCUUCCAGCUCUUGCUGCCUGUACUUCAGAUCUCUGUUAUUGAGGCUAGAACGGAACUAUCACAGUAAUAAAAACCCUUCUAAUUAAGAACUUUUUGACCUUCCCACUUCGUAGUUUCCAUGCUGGAGAGUGAUGUAAUAGCUCUUAUUAAAGGGAAAAAGAUUAACUCUGAUCGCUGCUGCUGUAAGAACCGUGAUUAAAUGCAGUCUGGCAAUGACAGCUUCUACAGCACUGAGAGAUGUGAUUAGCAUAGUCCAGGUUGGUGGGCAGUGUGACAGACUUAAGUGCAGACUGCUUCUCUGUUUCCAUGGACUGACUAUAUCUUCUCACUGAAAUCCCUCUGCUGUAUCUGUUAACAAGCCCUUUGUCUUCACAGUCCAGAGAGCUUCUGCCAGUGCUGGAGAGAAGAGUAGCAGCUGGGCAGUUAAAGAGUUAGCUAAACUCAUGGUGUGAUUUUUAAGUCAGAGAGACAUAAUUAGGCUCCUGAUAGCUCUGCAUUGGUGUCGAACUGAAUAUUGGAUAGGAAGUGCAAGAAAAGGCAAAUAUUUAUGAACCUUGCAGUUCCUAGACUGGAAAGAAUAGAGCUGGAAAGAGAGGAUUCCUUAUCAAGCUGUUGCUGCUGAAGAGAAGCCCUGGUUGCCUGAAGAUGUCUGUUAAUGACUCAGGGAUGUGGGAUUGGGACUCUCACUAGGGUGCUGUUCUCUUGCAGAGUGCUUGCUUCAGCAUGAGCUGCGAAAAUGCUGAUCUGGCCCUAAGAAUGGGGGUACUUUGCUUUAUAGCAAUAAAUGAGAACUGGCUAAAAGAGA